AUGACGCAAACCGUCCGUGACAGCCUGUCCAGUCCGCGAACUGUGUCUACUGCUACCAUCCCAAUCACGCCUCCAGCGCAACCCGAUCUCUCCCGUCCAAGAUUGAAACACAUAGCGAGAUGGAUCCGCGAUGAGCUGGACUUGCGUGUCGCUCGGGAUGGUCCCAACGUCCUUCAUCCGGACGAUGUGUUGACUCUCCACGAGACCCUUGUCGCUCUCCAACAUGCACAAAACAUGACGAUUUCCGUCUUACGAGCGACCGGAAUACACAAAGCUGUUCAAGACAUUGCAGGCGUGGCGACGCGAUGGCCCAGCAGAUUAUGCGACGACUGCGACAAGAUAAUCGACAUAUGGACCGCGAAAUUUGGGCCGUUCAGUGAAAUACAUCCGUUUUUAUACGGGAGAGGAGGACGCCUCGAAGGGGUUGCGAGUAUACAUGAGUACUCCCAGGAGGCAUUGCUCAAGCGGUGGGCUGAAACAUGUCCUGAGAAGAUUCAUCCCAGGCGCUCACACAGGCUGGGUGACCUGGGUUUCGUAGCUGGCCAAUGGUGGAUCAACCCAUUGUUCGCGCACCAUGCUGGCAUCAUCGGGCUCGAAGCUUGUAACGGUGGCACGACGUACGACAAGCACGGCGCCUAUGCUCUACUACUCAAGGAUACAGGUGAGAUCGAAGCCGCAUCUGAACAGCGCUUCACCUAUCGCGUACCACAAACCGACAAAGGCAAAUUUCGUCUGACCUCUGCCACUCCCAAAAGCCGUGAUCCUGUAAGAGUACUUCGCAGCCACAGUAUCAACAGCGUUUGGGGCCCGAAGGCCGGUGUAAGAUAUGAAGGCUUGUAUAGCGUCAAAGGAUGGUCCAUAAAACAAGCAAAAAGUAGUGAUCUCGCCGGCGAGCAAUGGAAGGAAGGCGAUAUCCUAUUCGACGUCAAAUUCGAACGUACAGACUCCGUACCUAUGGAUGUAGUCACCAAACGACCUACCGCAACCGAAGUAGACGACUACGCCGAAUACAAGCGACUUCGCAAGGUGAACCGAGACGGAAAGCGUAAGGAACCAAGCGUGGUACCUAUUAAAGAUGAUUUCUCGAUACCCCUCAAAACUGCUCCUCCAGUGCUCCCAGCGCCUCUCCCGGUCGUCGAGGAUACCUCUUUGAACUCUCGCCGCAAGGCUGUCUUCAAACAUCUCCACUUCGACGAAGAAGCCCACGUCCAUAUGCUCGAGAAAGAAGUCAUACUCUCCCCCAAAUCCAUUCCAAAGACCGACCCUCUUACCCUCGCAGCCACAACAGCGGGUAAAAGCAACACCCUCGCCGUCCCCGCAUCACUCAUCCGCACAAACACUCAUCAUCAUCAAGGACACAGAAAACCCGAUAAUCCACAGAGCGAACAGCGCGGAAAAGCUAGCCCAGUUGGCUCAAAUGCCAGUAGUGCACACACAUCCAUCAGCACAUUCCCUGGAAUCAACAUCCACGAAGUGGCACCCUGGAUCAAUUAUGACGUUGGACUCACAGUUCCUUCGCCAACAGAAGAUGAAACCGUUGUCCAUCAACGACCAAUCAUCACGCAGUCUAUUGCUACAGAAUCGAUCAAGACGAUUGAUACCAGAUCGUCUGUCAAAAUGGGUGGCACAUCGCGCAGCAAUUCUGGGACGGUGAGACAUAUGGGUUUGCCAAGCGCCUCUGUCAACGAGAGUGAUCGUGAUGAUUACUAUCAUGGAAACAGAAAAGAUGGAAGUUUCAAGGAUGGCCUUAGUCCGCACAGUACUUUGAAGAAAGACGGAAACAAACGGAAAAGUAUUUUGGUCAAAGGCAGACAUUCUACGGCUAAACUUUUUGACGGGGUUGUCGAUGUGAAGAGAAAGAAAAAGAGGCGUGAUAUUGAGUCGACAGGUCUAGAUGGUGGUGGUGGCAGUGUGGUGUUUAGAGAUCCUUUCGAAGAAGAUCGUCUUAACAGGGAUCCUUUCAAAGACUUCGACUUCAGUACAUAG